CUCUAGGGAUAAUUCAUCAGAAACCAAUAAUAACGAAUCCAUGUUAGCCUCAAUCACGAACCAUUCGUUAUGGUGUUCACAAGUAAGUCAUCAUGUUCAGUUAGAUGUACUUUACUCGGAAACUAUUGGAACUACAGGUAUCAAGGUUUACAGGAUUGUGGGAGCUAGAAUCAGCUAUGAAAAGGAGACAUGGAAGCCAUCAUUGUUCUCCACCGGAAUUCACCGGUUCAUAAUGACCAGCGGAGUUACUUUUGUCAAGAUAAGUGACCAGUCUCAGAAAGGUAUAAAAAGAUUUUGGGUCAGGAAAAGUCCAUCUUUUUGUAACAGAGAGAUAUGCUGGGAAGAAAUGAUGUUUCCUCUGACAGAAGCGUAUAGCGGAGAUCCUGAAACAUACGCCUGGGGCUGGACUUUAGCUGUGCUCCUUUUCAUUAUUCCUCUCGUAUGGUUUACUUGUAAGAACGGGUUGUGACGUCAUCACUUUGAAAUGUUAUGUGACGUAACAGUAAAUGAGUCACGUGUAUUUACCAUCAUCGUGAAUAUGUUAUCAAACCUUUAAUUUUUUUUCAUUUAUGAUUCAUUAAAGGUCAAAUCCAUUUUAUUUCUUGUUAAAGAGACUAGUUUUGUAUAUUUUUAACGACAAAUAUGUGUUACUAAUGAUGCAAAUAUUUCAACAUUCAGAGACACCACAAAUUAUGUAAACUUUUACUGAAGAAAUAUGGAUGUUUUUACAUACAGAAAACAAACAAUUACUUCAUCUUUCGAUGUCGUUAAAACGAGGAAAAUAUUUUGUCUUCAUGUGAAAUGAUGAUGACGUAUUUAUAGGAUAAAACAACCUGGUAUUGAGAAUAAAGGACGACUAAGUAGUGCAAACAAAAACAUGGAACAUGUUAAAACUGUACGCGGUUGAUGCACUAGAAAACCCAUGCCACAUUAAACAGAGUUUGAAAUACCUGUUGACUCGGUUGGAAAACUGUUGGAAACACCCGCUAGGAGGUAAAAAGACUUGGAAACAAUCGUUGAUUCUCAAGAGGAAGUGUUAUAAACGGCAACUGGUGCUCUAGAAGUAGUGUUAAGAACAGCAACUGAUACACUAGAAGUAGGGUUAAGAACAGUAACUGAUACACUGGAAGUAGGGUUAAGAACAGUAACUGAUACACUGGAAGUAGGGUUAAGAACAGUAACUGAUACACUGGAAGUAGUGUUAAGAACAGUAACUGAUACACUGGAAGUAGUGUUAAGAACAAUAAUUGGUUCUCUAGAAGCUAUGUUAAGAAUAGAACAAGUAACAUGUUUAAGAAUAAUUGCAGAAAUUAACUUAAACACUCGAAAAUCCUAAACCCACUUUACAGUUGUAUAAUAAAUCAUGUUUGUUCGUUGCUAUAGAACAAUUAUUUAUACCAGGUUUAUAAGGUGUCUGAGAGUAAGUUAUAUAUUCAUCAUUUUAGACUUUUGAAACACUGUUUCUUUAAGAAGAUAUUCAGUUCGUAUUUCAUGUCUCGUGCCCGCAGAGGUUGAGUACGUUAUAUGAAAAUGAUUUUGGAGCUUUACCACGUUGUUACUGUCCAUGUCGCCAAGUCAGUUCAUGAUCUAUCUGACGUCUAUGCAUCGCGGCAAUAGCCUUUUAAUGUAGUUUCCAUUGCAAAAGACUGUCAUGCUCAAAGAACACCCCCUUCUUCACGAAUCUCUCUAUUAUCCAUCUUAAGCACAAGGAUGAUGAUUUUUUUCCAGCAUCUGUUUCAGCAGUUCGAUCACACGUAAAUUCAUAAGCACUACCUUCGGUGACUUGACUGGUACGUUUUCAUAUGAAAUAGCAUGAAUACCCAUUUAAUUUUCCACUUUCUUGAAGUGUGUGUGAUGAUGGAACUGAUAUGUGUUGCCUGGAACACAUGGACGGCUUUACAGUUGAUCGUUGUACUCGUUGAUUCUUGCAUGUUAUAAAAUGCUGUACUUUGCUUGUUGCAGGUCUCUUCUUGGUGAGCUUGGUGCCUCAUGUUGAUCCAUAUUCUAAUUUUCCGAUCUAAAAGCACCAUUAUGAUCUGAGUGUAUGAAUAUUUUGCGUCAGAAAGGGUUGUUACAUAUCUUUCUCAAGAACGAUAAAUUGUCGGUGGCAUUACAUUACCUACGAAACGACAAAUAAUGUCAAAAUGUAGUUCUGAUACAUUCUGUUCCACUGCACGUGACUUGCUGAUAUACGUAUUCGAAAUCGUUUUAAAAUAUAACGUACUCAACCCACUGUAUAUUAUUGUCCCAUUUUAUCUUUGCCAAAGAAAAUAAUCAACAAGUUAGAUCUAUUCAGUUUCAAUUUUUAUCAUGCGUGUUGUUUUUCUUCAACAAAUAUAAACUUCAUGUGUAUAAAUGAAUAAACAUUUGAGGAAAUGAAACAUAGACUGUAGUUGAUUGAA